CGCCCCCUGAUUAGUGGCUCAUCAUCUGAAACCAGUUCAUCUAGUUUAUAUUAAACUGAUAAAAACUGCACAGAGGACGUGUAAUUUAAACACCCAGCUGGAGAAGUAAACUGACAGUCACCUUCAUAGUUUUAGUCAACAAUGGCUCUCCAUAUACCAGGUGUGAUAAUGAUGGUAGCAUUCUACUUGCUUGUGUUGGGAAUCGGCAUCUGGGCAUCUGUAAAAUCUAAGAAGAUGGAGAAAAACACACAAGGUGGAAGGUUAGAGGUUUCUUUUCUGGCUAACCGAAGUGUCAGCUUGAUAGUGGGAGUCUUCACAAUGACGGCUACUUGGGUUGGAGGUGGCUUUAUCUAUGGAACUGCAGAGUCGGUUUAUGAUCCCACCAGGGGUCUAAUCUGGGCUCUUACGCCUCUGCAAUCGUCAAUUUCCUUUAUCAUCGGUGGACUGUUCUUUGCGAAGCCAAUGAGGGAGAACAAUUACGUCAGUAUGAUGGAUCCAUUUCAGAGGAAGUAUGGAAAAGCACUGACUGCGUUUCUUGCCAUUGUUCCAGUCGUAACUGAACUUGUCUGGAUUCCUACAUCGCUGACUUCCUUGGGAGCAACCAUGAGUGUGGUUUUGGAUCUGCCCUUUAGUGUUUGUGUCUGGAUCUCUGCUGUGGUGGCAAUCAUCUACACUGUUCUUGGAGGUCUCUAUUCAGUUGCUUACACUGAUGUCAUCCAGAUUUCACUGGUGCUUCUUGGCUUAUGGCUGUGUGUCCCUUUUGUUCUGACAAGUGACGUUGAUACUGACAUCACUAAAACAGCAUUUAACCACACCUAUCAGGCCUCCUGGCUUGGCCAGCUUGAGUCUGAUAAAGUCGGGAGAUGGAUUGAUACUUUUCUAGUGAUGACUUUGGGCAGUAUGGCCAUUCAGGAUUUCCAUCAAAGGACACUCUCCUCCAGCUCCACGUCCACAGCCAGAAUCAUGUGUUUUAUAGCAGCAGGAGCCGUCAUCAUUGUUGGAAUCCCAUCUACACUGAUUGGAGCUGUUGCAUCAUCAACAGACUGGAACUCCACCUCAUAUGGUUCUCCUUCUCCAUAUGAGCGAGGGCAGGUGGCUAUGGUGUUGCCCAUCACCCUUCAGAAUUUAACCCCAACCUACAUUUCUGCUAUUGGCAUCGGAGCUCUUGCUGCUGCAGUGAUGUCAUCUGCUGACUCUUUCCUUUUGUCUGUAACCACCAUCUUCACCACCAAUAUCUACCAGACCAUCAGGAGUCAGGCAUCAGAUAGAGAGCUGCAGUGGGUGAUUCGUCUCUCCAUAGUGGUUGCAGGACUUGUGGGAAUAUCCCUCACCUACCUGGACAGCGGCAUUAUGGUGUUUUAUAUCCUGGGCUCAGACCUGGCUUACACCAUUUUAUUCCCCCAACUGAUCUGCGUCCUCUUCAUUGAGGUUUCCAACGGUUACGGGGCGAUCACAGGCUACCUUGUUGCAGUGGUGAUGAGACUGUUGUGUGGGGAGCCGUUGUUUGGCCUCCCUGUGAUCCUGCAAUUCCCAGGUUGCAUUUUAGAGGAUGGUGUUUAUAUUCAGCGCUGGCCUUUCAAGACCUUUUGCAUGCUGUCUGCUCUGGCCUCCAUUCUGAUGUUUUCAUAUGUUGCCUCACUCCUGUUUAACAAGGGGAUCCUUCCUGAGAGAUUGGAUGUGUUCAAGGUGAAAUCACAGGGAGCACCAACACCAGCAGAUGGUGCCAGACAGGGUGAUAGUAAUGAAACUGAUGAAAAUGAUAAAUAUGCCUCUGAACCAAUGCUGGAUACAAAAUACUAAGUAUUUUUUUCAUAUUCAUAUUCAUUGAUAUAAUUGUAGGGUUACAGUGACAAGCUUGUCGUAAUUGGUUAUUGCUCAUUAUUAUUAGAGAAGCAAAUGAUUUGCAUAAAAUACUUAUUAAACAUUACAGUAUUUUGGGUAUGCAAAUGAUAAUUGGUGUUAUGUAUCUGAAGUUAGUGUCUUUAAUGGGAUUUCCUUAACUUUUUUCAACUCCACCCCUCUUUUUCAUAGACCCAUUUUUUUCUUUUCUAGGGGGGUACAGGGGGUCUAUCUGUAGCAACUCAUAACGUAAUAACUUAAAUGUAAUAAAAGCUCAUAAUGUAAUAAUCAGCACAUAAUGUAAUAAAACCUUGAGCGCAUAACGAAAUAACAGCUUUGUUCAUAAUGUAAUAACUUAUUACAUUGUGAGAACAUUAUCACAUUAUAAACUUGGCAAAAUAAUAAGUUGAAUAUGUAAUAAAUUCAGCACAUAAUGUAAUAAUUUUAAAAAGGAGUACUCUACUUAUCUCUUACAGCACAUGAGCCCUCUAGUUUUACAUGACACAAGUGACUCUCAUCCCGACCGCUUCACACCCAGCUGCAAACCGCCACAGUGUGUGCUGAAGCCAACAGAACCACAUCAUCUGCAAAAAGCAGAGAUGCAAUACUGAGGUCCCAAAACUGGACACUCUCCUCCUUCCGGUUGCAUCUUGAGAUCUUGUCCAUGAAAAUCACAAACAGGAUCGGUGACAAGGGACAACCCAUGCGGAGGCCAACACCAACCGGAAAGGUGUUUGACUUUGUACCGAGUAUACGAACACAGCUCUCACUUUAGUUAUAUAGUAUAGUCUGUGUAGUAUGCCAUGAA